CACAGAUAUGGAACCUGGACACUGGCAAACUCGUGGCUGGUCCAUUCAAGAGCGUUUGUUCCGUGGGCGCAAUUCGAUUCUCCCCGGACUCGAAGAAGCUCGUAGUCAAGUCAAGGCUGGUGAUGUUCCUUGAGGUCUGGGAUAUUCAAUUACAGAAAUUGGAUGUCAGAGUGGAGUGGGGGAAUAUCCCGUCGUCCCACCGCCGUGCGCAGAACCCCAGCAAAACGAUCUGUCAUUAUAUCUUCUUCCCCCAGGCAUCAAAUCCAUUCGCCCACAAUAGGCCAUCAACAGCCCAUUUUCCUUCGCCAUGUCCGCGAACUCUUCCACUCUACUUCUCACGUGAAUUCAGUUCCUCUUGUACAGCCUCGCGAUCUAUGGGAGUUCUCUGCUACGUUGCCCUUGCCUCCCAACCGCUCGGCCUUGCAGCAGGCCGCAACUCAGCUUGAUCAUUUUGAAACAAGCUCUCCACCCCGCCACUCCAACGGAAUCACGCAGUUCCUGCGUCAGGGCCUUUCUUUCCGUAGGUCCGGACCCCAACAUGAGCUACCAGUCAUUGAAGUCGCACCUGGGCGGAAAUUUACUGUAACACAAUCUUUCCUAUUUCUCGUUGCCUUGUUUCUCAUGCGCGUCCAAUAGCGUCUUGCUACUGCCAAAUUACCAGAAUACAGGAAAGUCGAUGACACUCGGCACCCCUCUAGACAGCAGACUACCGGACCGCAGGAUGAUCCCUCGUCUGAUUCGUCUGACAUCGAUUGUCUCCCAGAUAUUCACUGGCUCAAGGCUCUCCUCUACUAUUCCUCGUGUUGUUCUCAUGGCAGACUCAGGACGCCUCCGCGAUGGCGCUUAGAGCGUGUUGACACACCUCGCUAGGAUUGCAU